AUGAUUGAAGAAGUCUAUUGGAAGGAAAAGGCUUAUGUUCAAUGGCAUACAAAUGGCGAUAGGAAUACAAAGUUUUUCCACCGAAUGGCUAAAAUUCGAAAUACUACCCAAUCUUUGCAUUCCUUGAAAAUUGGCAACAAUAUUGUAACUAAGAAGGAGGACAUCGUUGACCAUGUGGUGCAGCACUAUUCUGAUUUAUUUAACACGGUUUCUAUUUUGCAGGAUAGCAAUCUGGUGGAGCAGGUUAUUCCAAGUUUGGUUAGUGAGCAAAACAACAAGAUCUUAACUAUGAUUCCCUUAGAAGAUGAAAUUAGCAUCGUUGUUUUUUGGUCCUAUUUUUUUCCAGACUUUUUGGAGUGUUAUCAAAGAGGACGUCAUUAA